GGCGCUGUGGCCCCUUUUGUCGGUGCGGGCCGGGGACACCGUGAUGGAGUUUGCGGACUGUGUAGAGGAAUGAACGGGCUGACUGAUCACUGUUUUCCCGCUGAACUUGGACCGUCAGCGGCUUCUUGUUGUUCACAUAGUGGAGGGACCGGCGGUACUGAGCUAUGAGGAGAGCUGAGCCGGAGCCUCCAGGUGGUCUGGCUGCUGGACUAUGCUGUGUUGGUCCACUGGGUGGCGCUUCCUGAGUCGAGCUCACCUCCUCCCUCCUCGACACGCCGCUCAGUCCGUCGCCAUGUACGCCACCCGCCUCUACAGCACUGCGGGGGGAGGAGGGGGAGGCGGAGGGGGGCUUAAGCAAGGCAGGAGGGCAGGGCUGGCGGUGCUGGAGGGUCCUCAACCCCACCUCCCCCACCAUCUUCACCCACCGCCUCCCCCAACUUACCCUCUCUACCAGGGCCGUCCAGACGCCCACCGAGGACCUCACUUCCACCAUCACUACCACCCCCACCAUCUGGCUCCACCCCCUCUGCCUCCACAUUACCAGCACCAUGUGCCGGUCCACUCCUACGGGGGAGGAGCAAUGGCUGGUGGUGGCGGCAAGAAGAAGACAUGGAACUUCAUCCAUGAGAAGAUGAGCUAUGACACGUUUUUCACCAUGAAGCGUCUGAUCGAACGCUCACGGCAACCCGACGAGGUUCUGCGCUGGGUCACACAGAACCCCGCCAAGAUCUCUCACAACCACUAUCCCGUCGCCCUGCAGAAGAUCGGCCAGCUGCUGCAGGCUACGCCAUCGCCGCGAGUUGCUGGGGAUGGCGCGGAUGGGGAAGCGUCAGAGGCAGACAGGCGGCAGAUCCUGGACCAGCCGGAUUUCCAGACCCUCUGCAAUGCCAUUGUCAACGACUGCGCCAAGUUCGACAACUUCAGCAUCGUCAACUGCCUGUAUGCUGUCGCCUCGCUCGGACUGCCUAGUGACUCCAAGGUGGUGGUGGUCCUGGAGGCGGAAUCCCAGUCCAGACUGAGCCAGUUCAACCAGAAGGACGUGUCGAUGGUGUUCAGCUCCAGCAUGCGGCUGCACCCGGGCAGCCAGCACCCGCUGACCGAGGCCUGCCUCGCCGGCCUGGAGAAGAACCUGGAGCGAGAGCGCCACCCGCAAACGCUGUUCCUGCUGCUCUCUUACUACCGACUCAAAUGGCGCUCGCUGCAGAUGGCAGAGCCAGCUACAGGGGUUGCCGCUGCUAUCAACACGCCUCCGAAUCCAGAGCAGCUAGUCACCAACAGGAAGAUCCUGCGACUUGUCAAGCACACUCUGGCCAGCGUCAGUGGCGUCCGUGACCAGGAGAUGGCGCUAUUGGACGAGAUGCUGGCAGCCUGUGCUCGAGAGGCCAGUAACAAGAGUCUGGAGCUGAUCUUCAGCUCUCACCUGUUCUACCAGAACCGACAGGAGAAGUUCAUCAACAGCCUGGCAGAGGAGCUACCCAAGAAGGUGGACAGCAUCACGCCAUACACCAUGGCCCUAAUCGCCAAGUACAUCGCCCGCCAUCGGCUCAGGGAGACCCGGCUUCUCGACACCAUUGCCGACUUUCUGAUCAGGAAGGCCGAGUACCUGGAUAGUAAGGUAAUCCAGAAGCUAGUGUUCCCAUUCAGCAGGAUGAGUUACCGUCCGUCCGCCGAGCAGCAGUUCUUCUCCCGGCUGGAAGAGGCGGUGGAGCUCAAGGCGCUAUGCUCGCCGCUCGCCACCGUCAACAUCCUCAUGUCCCUGUUCCAGCUUGGCCACUUCCCUGGAACUGUGCUGCACCGAGUCUUUUCCUCUGCCUUCAUCAGCAAUGUCACAAAUAGUCCAUAUGCGCUGAUUGUCAGAAGGUACCUGUCUCUUCUGGACGCGGCGGUAGAGUUGGAGUACCGUGACUACGUCGGCCCUCGCCUGCAGGACGCACACAAGGUGCUGAUGUUUGACCAUGCCCUCACAGCGGACGAGGUCAACCGGAAGUACAGCUAUAAAGGUCUGGUGGCUGAAGCUCUUCGCCAACUGCUGGGAGAACAUAGCUACAAACAGGACGAGGUGCUGCCCCCUGGAUACUACACAGACUUUGUGCUGUGGUUGGACAGUUCUGGUCGCGUUCUGCCCAUCCGGUCUGGACCCUAUGUCCAUCCGUCCUGCAUCACCGUAACGACCAAGUCAGCUGCAGGGGCCGUUGCCGCGGUGACCGCAGAGCUACAGUGCUUCUCUCCUUUUACGGCGCCGGAGGAUGGCGUCGACCCCUCCAGUCCGGCGGCCAACGGAGCAGGCGGGGCCACGGAGGACAGGGCCUUCAGACCACGUCCCCCAGAGGGCCCCCUGGCCGUCACCGAUGGCGGGCCCCUGGACUACGGCCCCUACUACGCUCCCGCGGCGCAGUUCUACACGGGUCUGGCCAAGGAGCCGUCAGUGGAGAGCCAGGACAGCUCCACCCUCAGCAGCCCCCCAUCGGACAGUGCCGCCCCGCCCCCCGCUGCCCCGAGGGGCCCCGACUCCCUCUUCCAGUUCUCCAUCGGGAAGAUUCUGGAGGACGAGGGGUCCGGAGCCGCGUCGGAGGUCCAGGGCGCACAGAUGGCUGGGUUCUACUCUGAGGGGACUGCCACGACCAGGGCGGACCCAGAUGGCCCGCCCCCAGACCAGCGGCACAUCCGCAGGGUCAUCCUGUCCGUGAACGACAAGUGGCACUACUGCCACAACUCUGAGGUUCUGGUCGGGUCCCGCGCCAUGAGGGACCGCCACCUGCGACUGCUGGGCUACGUCAUCCUGCAGCUUCCGUACCACGAGCUGGAGAAGCUGAACGGCAUCGAGGAGGUGAAGCAGUACCUGCACCAGAAGCUGCUGGACGUCCCGCUAUGACUGCGUCUGUGUGUGUGCGCGCGAGUGUGUGUGAAAGGGGGCGGGGCCAGCGCUCACCUGUCACUCCAACCGGAGAGGGAAGCGCAUCCCUGAUUGGUUAAUAACUCCCAUCAGGCAGUGCAGCAGCCUGCAGGUGCACUGGUGGUGUGAAUGGUGUUUUUUGUGGGUGGGGUUCUGUUUUCUAGAGUAAUGUAACCAUGGUAACCGUGAUGCAUGAGGGAGUUUUUAAAGCAUGUGCCAAAGGUUGGAGGGAAGGUGUGGUUCUUGGGUGAAAGGUCAGAUUAUUUAUUUGUGUAUCAGCAGAAGGACAGAAGUUUGUUUAUAUUCUAUCAGCUGAAAUGUGUAUAAAAGCUGAACAGAACCGA